GGAGUGCAAUUUGCCGCCGUGGGAAUUGGUGAGUCUUCAAAACAUGUUACUUUGUAAACUAAAGUAAAUGCCUUACUUUGUAAACUAACGUAAAUAUUUUUUUUAUCUGAUUUUGUAAACUGAAGUAAAUUUAGUUAGCUUCUCACUUGUCUUUCCUCGCUUUGUAACAUGUGUACCUAAUAAUAUGUGUUUAUGAUAUUGAUCAAAGGGAAGGUAAAAUCAUUCUUUUUUCCGGAAUGGUAUUUUAUCGUUUACUAUCUUAAUUUCAGGUUGAGGUACAUGUUAAUCCCAAUGAUAUAGAGGUUGAUCUACAGCCAUACAAGUAUAUUUUCUCCAUUUCACGGACUGACUUUGAAAAUCUGGAGAGAGCGUCUGAUAAAAAUAUCAUCACCGAUUGCCCCGGAGGAAUCUACGACCGCAGCCGGGCAAGAUGUCAGUUAUUGUACUGCAGUGGAGGUUUUCAGCUUGUUAACAAAUCGUGUAAGCCGAUUAUAGAAAGCCCACCAAGGCAACUUUAUAACAUAUCUUUUUCUCUCAAGUACCAAACUGAACAGGACAAGUGUAUUUACAAAACACCUCUUAUUGUUAAGUUAAAGGACAUUUGUACGAGAAUGGGCGAAAUGAUUACAAAUACAUUUGAAAAAACAACCGUACAUUUUAUACAAAGCGGGACAUGCAUGACUUCCUCGUGUCUGCCACGAAAACAAACGACACAUUCCAUAAUAAACGAUAUGUUUGUUAAUAUAACCCGGACAACAAUAAUCAGUGUGUUUUUCUCCAUUGGUAUAAGUUACACAAAGUCUAUUUCUGCAGUACAUACAUCACUUUUAAAAGCGCUAAAUCAAAGUUUUGUUAUAACAGACAUUCCUGAUAUCAAUGAAGAAUCUCGAACGUUCCGUUUGUACUCACACAAUGCGGUAAACGUUUCUGUUGUCCUUUCAGACAAUUUCUGCAAAUUUAUUUAUCCAUCUCUUAUACAGUUCGAGCAGGAUCCCAUUUACUCACAGUAUAAUGUUGACAAAUAUCUCACUUGUCCACAUAUAAAGUUUCAUCUAAAUCAAACUAUCAUCAAUGAUACAACUGAAGAUUUAUAUAUUAAGGAGGAUAAUAUUACAUUUAAUGUAAACGAUUACAAGAUAAAGGGUAACUUUGCGAUUAUUUGCUUAAAAGACUUCAUAAAAAACUCUUCCUUAGAUAAGAUAAUUCCCAACGGACCGUACCUACUUUCAGCCCUAGGAAGUUUUGCUUUUGCAUGCUCAGUUAUUUCCCUUGCGUGUCUUUUCAUGACAUUUAUAACUUAUUGUAUUUUCCCAUCUUUACGCACCAUUCCAGGGAAAAAUAUUAUGACAUUAUGCAUUUUCCUCUUUUGUUCUCAGUGUUUUCUUCAGUUUGGCAUAAAUCUUCCAAAUGAAACAAAACUCUGCAUUGCCGUUGGAAUGUGUAACCAUUUCUGCUGGCUUGCCUCAUUUUGUGUUAUGAACGUCUGUUCUUUUCACAUGUUUAAGUUGUUUUGCGUAAACAAUUUUACCAGAAGUGUAGCUAGUAUUCAGCAGCAAAGAAGUUUGUUCUUGAAAUAUUUAUCGUAUAUCGUGUGUCUCCCUCUCAUUUUGGUGUUGGUUACGGUCUCUGUCAACCUUGCACGGUAUGAGAACAUUGGAUACGGUCGACAUUAUUGCUUUAUUUCUGGCUUCUACAUCUUCAUUGGUACAUUCUUGACACCUGCUUGCCUAAUAUUUGUGUCAAAUAUCAUUUUCUUUUCGAUUGCUUUUCACAAAAUUAGGUCAAGUCCCACCGUGCAAAGUACACAAAAUCGCAACAACUUUUUUGUAUGUUUAAGGCUUUGCACUAUUGUCGGUAUGACAUGGCCGCUUAUUAUUGUUGAUAAUGUUGUAAAUCUCUACUGGUUUUCAUUUUUUGUGUAUGCGUUGAAUGCUUUACAAGGAUGCUUUAUAUUCUUCUCUUUUAUAGUAAACAAACGUGUAUAUUCUUUGUUCUUUUCAAGCGUAAGAAACAUGUACAUGAAUCAUUCCGCUAACACAGAACGAUCGGGUACUGAUUGAAAAGUUACUUGAAACAUUCCUUUAAACAGAACGAUCGGGUACUGACUGAAACGUUACUUAAAACAUUCCGCUAACACAGAACGAUCGGGUACUGAUUGAAAAGUUACUUGAAACAUUCCUUUAAACAGAACGAUCGGGUACUGACAGAAACGUUACUUAAAACAUUCCGCUAACACAGAACGAUCGGGUACUGAUUGAAAAGUUACUUGAAACAUUCCUUUAAACAGAACGAUCGGGUACUGACAGAAACGUUACUUAAAACAUUCCGCUAAUACAGAAAGAUCGGGUACUGAUUGAAAAGUUAUAUGAGGAUGUACGGGCAUUUUUUCAGGAUAUCCGCUAUUUUGAAAAAAAAAUCCGAAUAUUUCUUUCUAAGAAUUUUUUUUACAAAAGAUUAAUGUUAACUGAUUAAAAUAUAAGAGGAACUCUAUAAGACUUGUCUUUAGUUCUAAUCAUUUCCAUCAACUGUACUUGUAACGUUUGUAUAUAAAUAUAAUCAUGUAUAUUGUUGAGAAUAAAUAUGUUUAAGCCAAAUUAUUAAAAUAUGGCUUAUUAUGUACCAUUCAAUAUAAAAUAUUUUCACACUUAUUAUUGACUGGCAUUGCAUAAAAUUGAUGCAAGAUUUA